CUAGGGGAGCCCCGCCUCCGGACGAGGCGCUACCUGCUGAACUGGGGUCUCAGGAAUCCUGAAAUGGGAGUGGCUGGGGCAGGGGGGCUGGGGAACUUGGGGUGACAUUCCCGGAACCAGCCCCCACCUGGCUCCCUCUCCUGGGCGGCGGGCGCAGGGCUCGCGGCCCUCCUUUCUCUGCCAGCCGGGCUGUGGGCGAGUUAGACCUCCCAGCCUCACGGGGCUGCUGUGCGGCUGCAGCGACUGGGGCGACCGCGGCGCGGCGGCGGCGGAGAGGAGGGCUCGGGAGGCGGCGCCACGGGCUGGUGAUUGCAGCUGGGAGUGCCCAUGACCGAGCUGGCGUCCUCCGGGGGCGGGUCCCCUACGGGGGACGGGGAAGAAGGUCUGGGGGACGAGCGAGGCCUGGUCAUCCACCACCCCGCGGAGGAGCAGUCCCACCGCUGCCCGCUGUGUGGCCAGACCUUCUCGCAGCAGCCCAGCCUGGUGCGGCACCAGAAGGCGCACGCCGGGGCGGGCCGCGCGGCCUCCUUCGUGUGCCCCGAGUGCGGCAAGGCCUUCAGCGUCAAGCACAACCUCGAGGUGCAUCAGCGCACCCACACGGGCGAGCGCCCCUUCCCCUGCCCCGAGUGCGGGCGCUGCUUCAGCCUCAAGCAGAACCUGCUCACGCACCAGCGCAUCCACAGCGGCGAGAAGCCGCACCAGUGCGCGCAGUGUGGCCGCUGCUUCCGCGAGCCGCGCUUCCUGCUCAACCACCAGCGCACCCACGCGCGUAUGCCGGCCCCGCACCCGCGCCGCCCCGGUGUCUUCGGGGAGCGGCGGCCCUACUUCUGCGCCCGCUGCGGCAAGAGCUUCGCGCGCGAGGGCUCGCUCAAGACCCACCAGCGAAGCCACGGCCACGGGCCCGAGGGCCCGGCGGCGGCGGCGGCGGCCCAUUUAGGCCGCGUGCUAUGAUGCGCGCCUGGCCUGGGGCCGGCUGUUUCCCGCCCCCGAGCCGCAUCUGUGAGGCCUGGAGGUGGCGCUGGGCUGCGGUCCCCCCUCUGGAUGGGAUCCCGGAAGAUGGGGAGGGCUGGCUGGGGGUCUCGGAGGAGUGGGCCGCCCUGCUCCGUGGCCUUCUUUUGCCCCUCCCUGCGGACGCUGGGGCUGGCUGCACAGGGCUGCUCCUGGCCCCUGCGCUGGCUUUCCUCCUCAGGAUGGCUCGGCCUGGGAAGAGCAGAGCUGUCGGGGCAGAAAGCGACAUGGAGAUGGCCACCUACCGCAGCGCCCGGGCCCAGGUCAUCCAGCCCCAGCAUUUACCAUCUGGCGCCCGCGGGAAGUCAUUUCACGCCCUGUCUCAGUGUGCUCAUCUAUGCGGAGCGGGCAAGACCUCUGGGCAGUGUGCAAGGCACAUCUGGGCACAGACACCAGGAGUGGGGACCCCGCGGGCCUGCACCCCGGCAUGAGGACACGCACCCUAAGAAGACCUACCUCGGGAGGUGCCCUGCAGUGACAGCAAGGGGACUGGUGGAGCCCAGCACUGGGGACAGGUUCCGUUCCCCGGCGGGAAGACCCCCUGAGCCCGCCCGGAGUCGCGUCCAGGGAAGAGCUUGUCCCGGCCGCCUGGCUGUCUGGCCACGGGCCUCUACUCUCGAGUGGCGGCAGGGACCACGCCUGUGUGGAGAGCUGGCUUCUCCACCCCCGCCUGGCCUCCGGAGCUGGGAGGUGGCCGGCCUGACAGCGCGCGGCGCGCGGCUAGCAGACCUGGCUCUCGAGGCACGGCCUUCCCGGUGUGAACACCCACGAGCAGGCUCCGCUGGCCUUUCAGCAGAGGUUCCUCGCACCCCUGGGGGCGUGAAGCCCUUCGAUGAACUGACAGAGGCUGUGGACCUGCUCCCCUGGAAAACGCGCCUACUCACAGAGAUGGAAGACCCUACCAGCAGCACCAGGAGCACCCCAGCCCCGGGCCCCAACCCGCCACCCUGUCCGUGCCUGACCCAGAGGGACCGCCACACAGUAGCAUCCCUCCCUCCCCCGCCGGUCCUCCUUCCCUUGUUUGGGAAUAAAGAACUCUGAGGAGGGGACCCUCUUAGCGACUCUCUUCUUCCAGAUCUAAGGAACAGGGCCUCAGGGGUCUGGGGCCUCCAUCGCUCCCUAGACGUUGCUGGAGGCACCGUGGCCUGGCCUUGCCCUUCCCCGUUUUGGGGUUGCUGGCUGUGUGGCCCAGGCUGCGGGCUUGCUGGCGCAGCCCCGGGCUCCUGGCUCACCGUGAAGGUGGAGAAAGCUGGACCUUGUGUGGACGCUGGGUGAAGCAGCAGUUUGGGCCGAGUCAGCCCCAGGGAGAAGGAGUCCUACGUCCGGCGGCCAUGCCCAGGCAUUCGGCCUCGGCCGAGUACGGUGUGGGGUAGGCUGGGAAGGGAGACGCCGUCUUGCUCCUGGUGCCAGCCAGCUCCAGGCAGGGAGAGAGGCUGGCAGAGGGGCUUCUGUGUGUCCCAGUGUCCACCAGCAUGGGCCAGACUCCUCCGUCUUUAUGCCCAAGCAGUUGGCCUGGAGCUAGCUUCCUGGCCUCCCUCGUAUGAGCUGCCCAUCAGAAAAGGUGUGACUCACCAGCGACAACCAGACUUCACGAAGCUGGUUGCACUUAGGGAGGGAAACCCUUGUGGGUGGGGAGAGGCCUUUCGUCACAGCAUUGAGAUAAAAGCCCGGGGCUUUGCGUUGUGGGGGUCACGCAGGCCUUGGGUUUAGGUGGGGGGUGGGGGUGGUCCCAGGGCUGGGCUGCGUGUGGUCAGGGUUGUCGGGAGGCCUGUCUGCCAUGUGCCUUGUCCUAGGGUGACAACCCGCUCUGGGGAGAUCAGAGAGAGAGCGCCGGCAUUCCUGGCUCCUGGAGCUCUCCUUGCUCCAGUGUGGAGGGAACCUCACAGACUCACCCCCGCUGAUUGUCAGUUUGUUCAUCCCUCCCCUCCCCCAGCUUGUACCUGUGCGGCCCCCCUUCCUGCCUCAGGCUUCCUUGGGAUCUCUCUGAAAUGUGCGGCUCCCGCCCACCGCCCGCCGCACCCUCUUCUGCAGCAGCCCAGCUCCCCCCGACCGCCCAGCCCACAUCCCCUUCCUGCUCUGCAGUGUCUGUGUUAACUCACCAGCGCCCCCUUGGGGACUGCAUGCAGCCUUACACUCCAGCUUCCUGUGUGUGUGUGUGUGUGUGUGUGUGUGUGUGUGCGCGCGCCCGCACGCGUUAAGUGAGGGUGUCUUAAAUUUCCAACACUGUGAGCUUCCUGAGGGCAAGGGACACGUCAUUUCUUCUUGAACCCCAGCAGGGACUAGCACAGGGCUGGGCUCAGCACUCGGCACGUACUUACUUGCUGACUGGCUCGUGGACCAAGUGCU